GUAGUGGGCAGGGUUAUGGGGAGUCAUGACCUGUCUACCAGGACUGAUCUGGCAACCCAGCCAGCCCCUGUGGAGCCAGGCCUCCUGUCUGCCCAUCAGCUAGCACAGAUCACCUCUCCCUUGACACCCAGGAAGGGAGGGCAGUGAGCUUCCUUCAGACCCCAGCCAGCCACUCCAGCUCUACACCCGUCUCCCAGCCAGAGGUGCUGCAUGAGGGGCCGCAGGGGUGAUCGCAUUACCAUCAACAUCCAGGAGCACAUGGCCAUCAACGUGUGUCCUGGACCCAUCAGGCCCAUCCGCCAGAUCUCGGACUACUUCCCUCGCAGGGGGCCAGGACCAGAGGCUGCUGGCGGCAGGGGCUGUGGGGAAGCCCCUGCUCACCUGGCCCCUCUGGCUCUGGCCCCCCCUGCGGCUCUCCUUGGGGCCACCACACCCGACGAUGGAGCUGAGGUAGACAGCUACGACUCAGAUGAUACCACUGCCCUGGGCACACUGGAAUUUGACCUUCUCUAUGAUCAGGCUUCCUGCACUCUGCACUGUAGAGUCCUCAGGGCCAAGGGCCUCAAGCCCAUGGAUUUCAAUGGCCUGGCUGACCCCUAUGUAAAGCUGCACCUUCUGCCAGGAGCCUGCAAGGCCAAUAAACUAAAAACUAAGACCCAGAGGAACACACUGAACCCUGUGUGGAACGAGGAGCUGACGUACAGUGGAAUCACGGAUGAUGACAUCACUCACAAGGUGCUCAGGAUCUCCGUCUGUGACGAGGACAAGCUGAGCCACAAUGAGUUUAUAGGAGAGAUCCGAGUGCCCCUCCGCCGCCUCAAGCCUUCACAGAAGAAGCAUUUUAACAUCUGUCUUGAGCGCCAGGUUCCGCUUCCUUCGCCUUCUUCAAUGUCUGCGGCGCUGAGGGGCAUUUCCUGUUACCUGAAGGAGCUAGAGCAGGCAGAGCAGGGACCUGGGCUGCUGGAAGAGCGAGGGCGUAUCCUGCUGAGCCUCAGCUACAGCUCCAGGAGGCAUGGGCUGCUGGUGGGCAUUGUUCGCUGUGCUCACCUGGCUGCCAUGGAUGUUAACGGCUACUCUGACCCUUAUGUGAAGACGUACUUGAGACCAGAUGUGGACAAGAAAUCCAAGCAUAAAACAUGUGUAAAGAAGAAGACGUUAAACCCAGAAUUUAAUGAGGAAUUCUUCUAUGAGAUGGAACUCUCCACUCUGGCCACCAAGACCCUGGAAGUCACAGUCUGGGACUAUGACAUUGGCAAAUCCAAUGACUUCAUAGGUGAGUGGAGGAGCCCAUCAGGGUGCUGUGAGGGAAGUGGGCCAGGAGAAUGGGCAAUGACUGGGUCUGCAUGCCGUGGCUGUUCUUCAGGCGGUGUGUCUCUGGGGCCAGGAGCCAGGGGAGAGGCGCAGAAGCACUGGAGUGACUGUCUCCAUCAGCCAGACACAGCCCUGGAGCGCUGGCACACCCUGACCAGCGAGCUGCCCCCAGCAGCAGGGGCUUUCCCUUUGGCCUAAGCAGACAGCAGCUGCCCAGCACAGGCCCU